UUAGAGCAUCCGCAAUGUAAUAAUCAAAAGUGAAUAAUCAAAACUUGCCACGUCAGCUUUUGAUUAUUCAUUUAGAGGGUUGCUAAAGUUAGCAAUGUAAAGUCUCACAUUGUUCAUUUUGUACCCAUAAUCAAAAUCAAUGGGUCCACUGCCAACUCUUCCUUCCCUCCAAACUUUUACCCAUCAUUUCAUCCGAAAAAAAUUCCCGCCAGUUUGUCCCUCCAAUUUUUUUCCCGUCCCUUCCAAUUCUUUCAUGCCUGCUACCAUUCUCACCUAUUUAUUCUUCUUUCUUCCUUCAAUGGAAAAUCACUAUUCUCAAUCAUCUCAAACUAUGGAAUCAGAAUAAUAUCAAAAAAAAAAAAAACUAUGGAAUCAGAAUCACAAGGUCAGACCCAAAUGGAAAUAGAGAAAACGAGGAAAACGAAUUAUUCACAAGUUGAAGAUGAAGCUCUAGUAAAAGCUUGGCUACAUAUUUCCGGAGAUGCGGUGGUCGGAAGGGAUCAAAAGUCGACCAAGUUAUGGCUGCGAGUUCUAGAGAGUUACCAUCAAAUUCUGGGCAAAGUAACAGAGAGAAAUGCUCAAGGCUUGCAAAAUAGGUGGCAAGCUAUUUCACAUGAUGUCUCCAAGUUUUGUGGGUAUUACAACAAGAUCGGACGAUUGAAUCCAAGCGGAUGGAACGAUCAAAUGAUACUUGAUGAGGCUAAACAACAAUAUGGUGAAAUUGAGGGACCAUUACAAGCAAAACCAAUGCAAUUUUGUAAGUUCAAGUUUGAGCAUUGCUGGAAGCUUUUAAAGGACAGUCCGAAGUGGAAUGAUCAUGUUCUUGUGCAGAACACAUCCAAGGGAUGCAAAAAACCUUCAAACCCACAAAGCCAAGCCAUUGAUUUGGAUGAUUUGGGCACUCCAUCUGCUCCAUCAACACCGUGUUCGAUUUCCCUUGACGAGUUCAAGUCAAUGGAUCAUGAACACAACCAAGUCCGACCUGCUGAAGGAAGACGAAAAGCCAAAGCCAAAAGAAAGAAUGAAUGGAGAGAUGAGGAGUCAACUUUGUACUUGAAAAGUAUUAAUGAAACACUUGCACAAACUGCAAUUAUUGAGAAGGAGAAAUUGGAGGCCAAGAAGAAAUCUGAGGAGGAGAAAUGAGAGGCCAAGAAGAGGAGAGCUGAACAAAAAACAUUGCGUGAAGAAAUGAAAGUGAUGAGGCAAUCUAUGGUGGGACUCACCCCCGAACAAGCAGCUUAUUGGAAGCUCCAACAAUCACUAAUUGUUGAGCGCUACAAGGCAAAUGGUUUCUUGAAGGAUCUCGAGCCCUAUGGAAAGAAUUAUGAUUUCAACUUCUAGUUGGGGUGGAUUUGAAUAUGUUAUUUUGCUACACAAGUGAAGAUUAAAAUAGUAAUGUUUAGAUUAAGUUAUUUUGUUAUUGUCGAUUUCAUAUUUUGGGAUAUUUUC